ACUUCAUUUUGCUUCCAUUGUCUUAUAGGUAUAAAAACCAGGUGCCAAUAAAUGUCCAUGCAAACCCUGGAAAGUAUAUUAUUGAAAGUCGAUAUGGAAUGCAUACCUUGGAGAUUAACGAAUGUGAUUUUGAAGAUACAGCUCAGUACCGGGCCUCUGCAAUGAAUGUUAAAGGAGAGCUUUCAGCAUAUGCUUCAGUUGUGGUAAAGAGAUAUAAGGGAGAAUUUGAUGAGACUCACUUCCAUACUGGGGCUUCCACUAUGCCCCUCAGCUUUGCUGUGACCCCUUAUGGUUAUGCGUCCAAGUUUGAGAUCCACUUUGAUGACAAAUUUGAUGUCUCUUUUGGGAGGGAGGGAGAGACGAUGAGUCUGGGCUGCCGUGUUGUCAUCACUCCUGAAAUUAAACAUUUCCAGCCAGAGGUCCAGUGGUACAGAAAUGGGGCACCUGUUUCUCCAUCAAAAUGGGUGCAGCCACAUUGGAGUGGAGAUCGGGCAACACUGACAUUUUCCCAUCUCAACAAAGAAGAUGAAGGCCUCUAUACAAUCCGUGUACGAAUGGGAGAAUAUUACGAACAAUAUAGCGCUUACGUCUUUGUUCGAGAUGCUGAUGCAGAGAUUGAAGGAGCCCCAGCUGCACCCUUGGAUGUGGUGUGCUUGGAUGCCAACAAAGAUUAUAUCAUCAUCUCUUGGAAGCAGCCAGCUGUAGAUGGAGGGAGCCCUAUCCUGGGAUAUUUUAUUGAUAAGUGUGAGGUAGGCACAGAUUGCUGGUCACAAUGUAACGACACACCUGUGAAGUUUGCUCGAUUUCCAGUCACUGGGUUGAUAGAAGGUCGUUCCUACAUAUUCCGAGUCCGAGCUGUGAAUAAAACUGGAAUAGGCCUACCAUCUCGAGUUUCUGAGCCUGUGGCUGCUCUGGAUCCAGCUGAGAAAGCUAGACUUAAAAGUCGCCCUUCGGCACCCUGGACUGGACAGAUCAUUGUCACUGAAGAGGAACCUACAGGUAAAAACUCUAGUUUCCCCAGAUAAUAUUGCUGAUGUUUUGCUAUGUGGUUUAUC